AUGCCACCCACCCCGGCCGGCCCCGGCUCAGGCCCCAGCCGGCCUCCCCCACCCGGGCCCCGCUCAGGCCCCCGUCUCCACCCCGCCCCGGCCCCCAGUCCUCGGCGCCCCGGCCCUCUCCUCCACCCCGGCCCCGCUCAUUCCUCUACCCCGGCCCCCCGGCCCGGCCAGUCUCCACCCGGGCCCGGGCCUCCAGCGCCCCGCUCGCCCUCUCUUCCACCCCGGCCCCGGCCUCCAGCGCCGCCGCUCUCCUUCACCCAGGCCCGCGCCCUGAUCCAGAGCCCGUUCUCCUGCCUGGUGCUCGACACCUGCCGGCGCCACCUCGCCCUCUGCCCGCUCUACCUGAGCCGCAAGAGGAGCGGCAUCGAGAGGCAGCUCAAGACCGAGCUGCUCCGCUUCUCGGAGACAUCCCAUCAGUGCUGUUCCUUUGUCCCAGAAGAUGCGUUUGACGGCCUAGCCAAAACUGGUGAAACGUCUGUUGGUCUGCAGGGUGUCCCAGUUGCAUAUGACAAGAUCAGGUUAAUUGGAGAAUUAGGUGACAUCUAUGAUGACCAAGGAUAUAUACACCUCAACAUUGAAGCUGACUUUGUCAUCUUCAGGCCCAAAAUUGGACAGAAACUACUGGGCACUGUGAAUAAAGUUGCUCCAAGUCAUCUUGGUUGCCUCGUACAUGGGUGUUUUAAUGCUUCGAUUCCCAAGCCACAUCAUGCAAAUGGAAUCUGGCCAGACUUUGCGGUGAAAGUAGGAGACAGCCUGGAGUUUGAAGUUCAACAGCUGGAUGCUGAUGCUGCCGGUGUCCUGUGCAUUCGAGGGCGUUUGGAUAAAAGUGUACAGGGACCAUAUGGUGCAGAUUUUGAAGAAUUGUUGGAAAAGGACAGCAUUGAACAAGAUGGUGAUGCUGCUGGAAAAAAGAAGAGGAAAAAGAAAAAACAAAAAGAUGAAAAAUGUAAAGAGGUAAUAGAAGAGGCUGUGAGCUGCACGAGUUCAGAUAAGAGUGUUUCCAAACAUGAAAUGGGAGACCUUCAAAAGAAUUUAGAACGUAAAUCCAAAAAGAGAAAGCAAAGGACUGAGGAACCAAACACAGACAAUGAAUUUCAUGAAAAUAACACUGCUGAUUAUCCUAAUAACAGUAAACCAAGUAAAAGGAAGAAAAAAAUGAUUCGGGAUGAAUCAGGGACCACUGAUUGUGCACAAGAACCAAAACACAAAAGGAGAAAAAAAGAUUAAUGAAACAAAUAUCUAUAAACUGAAUGAAUGGACUGCUGCAGAAAUACUCGAAUGCCUCCAUGAAAGUGUGGGGUGGAAGGCUAUUUUUGUUGUGAAGAACAGGGAGUUUUGAUGAAUGCUGUUUGUCAUGUAGCCACAUAAUAUAAUUUGCAAUCCUCUGUUUGAUUUGCAGUUGCAGGAUUGUCCUGCCUGCCUGUUUGUCAACACUUGUGUGGGCCUCAUUUAUACAUUGCAACUUGCUCCUACAAAAAGCUGGAAAUGUCAUUUCUAACAACAGUGUUAUUUCAGAUUCCCAGCAGUUUUUUGCUUUGAUCUUUCAUGUACCAUUAUUGUAUCAUGCACGUGUACGAGGUGAAAAUGCUCUGCUAAAACUGAUUAUCCUGCAAAAUAUUUUUUUAACUGCUGUGUUUUUUCUUAGAAAAAAGGAAUGCUUAGUUUGGACUCCCAAUUUUAAAGUUAAAAAUUUGAUAUUUUGUUGUAAUUGCAAUAAAAUUCUUAAAACAA